GCGUGUUGAGCGACUUCCCAGACUUCCAUCUCAGCCCAACUCGCGGUUGGAGCCAGUCGAAGUUGCCGUGCGGCUGUCGAUGUGGUGUGGGGAGCUCAAGGGCCCAGUCAACCUCAACAGGAGCAGCGGGCACCAGCUGCCCGGCCAGGCAGGAAUGCUUCUCCUUAUCUGGCCAUGCUGCACCACUCAAGAAAGAAGGCCCAGGGCAUGGACUCCGCGGUCGGGUUGCGAGGCGCGGAGGCACGGAUGCAAGCAAAUCUGCCUACCACCUGCCUGCAUGCCGUGUCCGACGCGACGUAGUUGGCCGUGGUUGGUCGGGCCGGUAUCGCUUCUGACAGUCGUAGUUGCUGCGUCUGCAGUGGCGUGGACCAAGGACGGGGCGAGGGAGGAGCUUUGUGCUCCCACGGAGCUGGAAAAGCAAGCUCCCAACUUUUCAUCGGGUAGAAAGUGGAAAGCUCCUGCUGGUCCAGGCUGUCCCUUGUUGUUGGGAAGGGCCGACAAGGUGCCUUUGGCGCAGCGGGAGACAAGAGCAAGCCUGUGGUUCCAAUGCAAGAGCUCCCGCUGUCUCGCACCGCAGCAGGCUCCGCCUGGGUUCCAAUUCCGUGCCCAUCCAUCUCACAUAAUGAUCCUCGCUCUCCCCGCCAUCAACACCGUAACCUGAGCCCAGCUUAGCCGACACCGCAUUGGCCUUACUGACGUGAAUCAUCUUUGCUACACAAAUACGCCUCGACGGUCCUCACCAACUCUCCUCAAAAACAAUCCGUAUCAUUCAACACAGCUACAGCAUUACCCAUCUCUCUCGUCUUCGCUUGCCCUCGUGUCCCGCUCGUUGGACUUUCAGCCCACAAAACGCCCCUGGCGCUAGUGCGCAGUUUCUUCUGCCAAUCCCUGCUGGCCACCAUCCGCGCAGCCCAAGAUGGUCGUGUUCGAGGGCCACGAAUUCCUCACGGAGGAGGAGAGGCGCCUGAAGGAGGACCGCAGCCGGACAAAGUACUGGAAGAAAUGGGGCUCAUACGUCGCUGAGCGACAAUGGGCUACAGUGAGAGAGGAUUACAGCCCGGAUGGCGAUGCCUGGAGUCAUUUCACCCACGACGAUGCCCGGGCGCGGGCUUACCGAUGGGGCGAAGACGGCAUUGCUGGAGUAUGCGACACUCAUGGUAUGCAGAACAUCGCCUUCGCCUUCUGGAACGAAAAAGAUCCGUUCCUCAAGGAGAGACUCUUUGGUCUCUCCAACCCGCAAGGAAACCAUGGCGAAAGCAUCAAGGAGGCACAUUUCCAUCUAGACAAUCUCCCCACACACUCUUUCAUGAAGUAUUUGUACAAGUACCCGCAGAGGGCGUUCCCGUACGAAGACCUUCGCAAGGAAAAUGCUCGCCGGACCAAGGAGGACAAGGAGUAUCAGAUCGUUGACACAGGCAUCUUCGACGACAACCGCUACUGGGACAUCAUCAUCGAGGUGGCAAAGGAAGAUGAUGACCCAGAUGAGCUCCUGUUCCGUGUCACCGCCUGGAACCGUGGACCUGAUCCAGCCCCGCUCCACAUCGCGCCUCACGUCUGGUUCCGCAACACUUGGGCCUGGGGUCGUGAGCCUGCCGAUCACAAGCCCGCUGUCUGGGCACAUGAAGAUUAUCCAGGUGUGAUCAAGUCCAAGCACCACUCACUUGGCGAGAGAUACACUGUGUUCUCGCCUUCUCCUGGCGUCGGACCUAGCGGCUACGACGUCAUGCCUGAGACCAUCUUCACAGAGAACGACACCAACUUCGAGACUCUCUAUGAUGGCAAGAACCCCCAGCCAUAUGUCAAGGAUGCUUUCCAUCGCUACGUCGUGGAUGGAGAGAAGGCGGCUGUCAAUCCAGCUCAAAAGGGCACCAAAUCUGCUGCUGUGUACAGUUUCAACGAGGCUGGCGGCGUUGGCCCGGGUGAAUGCGCGGUUGUUCGCUUCCGGUUUUCCAAGCAUGACGAGGCCUACUUUGACGAAGAGGAGUUCGACAAUCUGCUGGACAGGAAAAAGGAAGAGGCGGACGACUUCUACUACAGAAUCAGUCCGCUGCCCAUCUCGGACGACCUCCGCAACAUCCAGAGGCAGGCUUUUGCCGGCAUGAUGUGGUGCAAGCAGCAUUAUUACUUUAUUUGGGACCAGUGGGCUAAUGGCGACCCGACCCAGCCGCCCCCUCCUGCCUCGAGGAAGGCGGUGCGGAACAGCCAAUGGAAGCACCUCCAUUGCGAUGACAUCUUGUCCAUGCCCGACUCGUGGGAGUACCCCUUCUUCGCCGCCUGGGACACGAGCUUCCACUGCCUCACCCUCGCUAUGAUUGAUCCAGACUUCGCCAAGAAGCAGCUCGAUCUCUUCACGCGGGAGUGGUACUGUCACCCGAAUGGGCAGCUCCCUGCUUACGAAUGGAACUUUGGCGAUGUGAACCCGCCUGUACACGCAUGGGCAACGUUCCGGACCUUCAAGAUCGAGCGCAAGAUGUACGGAAGACAGGACCUGGACUUCCUUGAGCGCGUGUUCCAGAAGUUGCUGCUCAACUUCACCUGGUGGGUGAACCGCAAGGAUGUUGACGGGAAGAACGUCUUUGAGGGUGGCUUCCUCGGUCUCGACAACAUUGGCCUCUUCAACCGAUCGGAGCCGCUGCCGACAGGCGGCACCCUGGACCAAGCAGACAGCACAGGCUGGAUGGCCUUCUACUGCCUUUGCAUGCUGAGCAUCUGCCUGGAGCUGGCCAAGCACCGCCGCAUAUACGAGGACAUGGCGUCCAAGUUCUUCGAGCACUUCAUCCUCAUCAGCGACGCCAUGACGUUCAGGACCGGCCAGAAGGACGAGAAGUCGCUGUGGAACGACGAGGACGGCUUCUACUAUGAUGCCAUUUCCUGGGGAGGCCCCUGGAUCCAGCAGUUGCCCGUUCGGUCGCUUGUCGGGCUCAUCCCACUCUACGCCACCUUGACCAUUGAACCCGAGCUGCUUAACAAGCUGCCCGACUUCAAGAAGAGGGUCGAGUGGUUCAUGAAGAACCGGUGCGAUGUGGCCGAACGGAACAUGGCCAGCAUUACCAAGCGCGGCAAGGGCGAUCGCAUCUUGCUAUCGAUUGUCAGCAAGGACAGGCUGGUCAAAAUUCUGAAGCGCAUGCUGGACGAGGAUGAAUUCCUCAGCCCCCACGGCAUCCGCUCGCUGUCCAAGUAUCACAAGGAGCACCCCUUUUCCAUGGAAGUCAACGGACAGAAAUUCACGGUUGGCUACGUUCCUGGUGACUCGGACAGCGGCCUCUUCGGGGGCAACAGCAACUGGCGAGGCCCCAUCUGGCUCUGCGUGAAUCACCUCCUCAUCGAGUCUCUCCAGCGAUACUACAUGUUCUUCGGGCCUUCUCUCAUGGUCGAGUGCCCCACUGGAUCUGGCGAUAUGAUGCACCUUGGUCAUGUCGCCGAGGAACUGCAGCACCGCCUGACGCAUCUCUUUGCGCGCAGGGACGACGGCCGCCGGAGCAUCAAUGGCGGCAGCGACCUCCACGACUUCGACGAGCACUGGACGGACAACAUUUGGUUCUACGAAUUCUUCGAUGGCGACACUGGUCGCGGCCUGGGUGCUACACACCAGUGUGGCUGGACGGGCCUGAUUGCCCGCAUGAUCCACGAGACUGGACUGAAGUGCCGUCUGCCUCAAACCCCCCGCACACCUUCUGUGGGUAUGGCGCACUACUUUGACGACAUCAUGGACCGUGGCCAUCAGCGACCGCGGACGCCGUCUACACCCAAGAUGCGCCGCUACUCUACUGCACGCUCAAUUGGCAGCCGGUCCGACUUUGAUACCAAUGGGAUGACAUCGGAAGCCUCGACACGCCGCCCUUCGAUGAGCGGACUGGGCGUCCAGAUGGCUGCCGACCCGGCCCUGCUCCGAGAGAGGGCAGAGGCUGACGAGGCAAUGCAUCAAUACAUCAACCAUAAGCUCAACAAAGUCAAGCAAGAUCGCGAUCUUGAGGAGCCAGGGGACGAGCUCGAGACCCACGCCUCCGACUAAAUACUGUUUCCUGCCCCUUAUCUCCUAUGGCCAUCACGACAACCAGGCUUCCCUAAAUGACACCUAGAAUAACCUACAUGACCCCUUCACCUUCAUCAGAUAUCAGACCACGGGUGCGGUAACAGUUGGGGGGUUGGCUGGGACAAGGCGACUGUUUGUGGACCUGGGAAUGGGUCCAGUAUCGUCUAGAAUAGUAUCGUUGAUAGAUCAGAGGUAGAGCUGGGAUGGCUGCCGCCACACGGCCUCAAUACAUUGCCACCCUGGGGCGUUUUUUGUUGCUGUUCGCA